AUGGCUCAUCCGCUCAAGCGGGCGUCUGGUUUCGGGGAGGCCCAGGAGCGCCGCCAGGAGGAGGAGCAGAAGGAGCAGCGGCAGCACAGCCUGCACAUGGGCUCCUCGGUGCAGAGGCGGACCUUUCCGCAGCAGGAGGAGUACCAGUUCAGCGCCGCAGACCACGCCCUCGCAGCCGCCCUGGCCCUCACAGCCUCCUACGAGAUGUCUUGGGAGGCCCAGCUGAGGCGCCAAACCUCUACCGUGGAGCUGGAGGAGCGAGGGCAGAGGCGCGUGGGCUUCGGCAAUGACCUGGAGAGGACGGACAUCGCCUUCCUCCGGACCCAGUGGCUGCUGCGCCAGAGCCGCGACCGGAAGGCGCUGAGACGGCGGACAGAGGAGAAGGUUCGGGAGGCCAAAGAGCUGAGGGAGCUGUGUUCCGGCCGCGGGCCCUGGUUCUGGAUCCCACUUCGCUCCCACGCUGUCUGGGAGCGCACCACGGUCCUGCUGACCUGCACCAUCCAGGCCUCGCCGGCACCCCAGGUCACCUGGUACAAAAAUGACAUGCAAAUCGAUCCCCGCCUCUUCCCGCCUGGGAAGUACCGAAUCACCAACAACUACGGGCUGCUGACCCUGGAGAUUAGGAGGUGCACCAUGGAGGACACGGGCACCUACACGGUGAAGGUGAAGAACGCCUACGGCCAGGCCUCCUCCUUCGCCAAAGUCCUGGUCCGCACUUACCUGGGGAAGGAUGCCGGCUUCGACUCGGAGAUCUUUAAAAGACUGAUGUUCGGCCCCAACGUGGACUUCACCUCGGUGCUGAGACCGGUCUUCGCCCGCGAGAAGGAACCCUUCUCCCUGACCUGCUCAUUUUCAGAAGACGUAUUAGACGCAGAGCAGAACAUUCAGUGGUUCCGAGACGGGAAGCGGAUGAGGUCCUCAGGGCGCCGGCAGACCCUCUAUGCAGACCGCCAGGCGUCCCUGCAGGUGUCCUGCGCCUACAAGGAGGACGAGGGGCUCUACACAAUCCAGGUGCCUUCACCCCUGGGGCCCCGGGAGCAGAGCACCUACGUGUUUGUGAGAGAUGCUGCAGCAGAGAACAUGGGGGCCCCGGGCUCCCCACUGAACAUCCUGUGCCUGGAUGUGAACAGAGACUGCCUCAUCCUGACCUGGACCCCACCCAGUGACACUCGGGGCAGCCCCAUCACCGGCUACUCCAUUGAGCAGUGCCAGGGCGAGUCUGGGCAAUGGGUGCCCUGCCAUGAGGCCCCCGGCGGGACCUGUCGGUGCCCAAUCCAAGGUCUCGUCAAAGGCCAGAGCUAUCGGUUCCGGGUGAGAGCCGUCAGCAAGGCGGGCAGCAGCCUCCCCUCCAAGGCCUCAGAACCGGUUGUCAUGGGCGACCCCGAUGAAGCUCAGAGGAAGACAGAGAUCCCCUUUGACCUGGGGAACAAGAUCGUGAUCAGCACAGAUGAUUUGGAAGGCUUCGUGACCAUCCCCUCGCCUCCAACCAAUGUCCAUGCCAGCGAGAUCCGUGAGGCCUACGCGGUCCUGGGCUGGGAGGAGCCGAGACCCCGGGGCAGAGCUCCGCUGACAUACUCCCUGGAGAAGUCGGUCAUAGGCAGUGGCACCUGGGAGGCCAUCAGCACAGAAACUCCUGUGAAAUCCCCGAGAUUCGCACUGUUGGACCUGGAGAAAGGGAAGUCGUACGUCUUCAGAGUGCGAGCGAUGAACCAGUAUGGUGUGAGCGACCCCUCGGAGCCCAGCGAGCCCAUCGCCUUGCGGGGAAAGCCAGCGACCCUGCCUCCGCCAGCUCAAGUUCAAGCUCUCCGAGACACGCAGACCUCUGUCUCCCUGACCUGGGAUCCUGUGAAAGAAAGCCCAGAGCUCCUGGGGUAUUACAUCUACUCCCGGGAGGCAGGAUCGUCCGAGUGGCAAACAGUUAACAACAAACCCAUCCAGGGCGACAAGUUCACGGUUCCCGGGCUAAAGACGGGGAAAGAAUAUGAAUUUUGCGUCAGAUCAGUGAGCGAGGCUGGGGUAGGAGAGAGCUCAGCGGCCACCGAACCCAUCAGGGUCAAGCAGGCUCUGGCUACACCAUCUGCCCCCUAUGAUUUCAUCCUCCUGAACUGUGGGAAAAAUGAUAUGGUCAUUGGAUGGAAGCCCCCCAAGCGUCGUGGGGGUUGCAAGAUCCUGGGCUACUUCCUGGACCAGCAUGACUCGGAGGAGCUGGACUGGCACCCGGUCAACCAGCAGCUGGUCCCGACCCAGGUCUGCAAGGUCAGCAACCUUCGCGAAGGCCACUUCUAUGAGUUCCGUGCCCGGGCCGCAAACUUGGCAGGUGUCGGCGAGCUGUCGGCGCCCAGCAGCUUGUUUGAGUGCAAAGAGUGGACGAUGCCCCAACCAGGUCCCCCAUAUGACGUGCGAGCAUUCGAGGUGCGGGCCACCUCCCUGAUGCUGCAGUGGGAGCCCCCACUAUACACGGGGGCCGGGCCGGUCACAGGCUACCUCAUCAGCUUCCAGGAGGAAGGCUCCGAGCAGUGGAAGCCACUCACCCCAGACCCCAUCUCUGGCACCCACCUGAGGAUCUCUGACUUGCAGCCGGGGAAGCGGUACGCGUUCCAGGUGCAGGCUGUGAAUUCAGCUGGUCCGGGGCAGCCGUCCAUGCCCACCGACCCCGUGCUCCUGGAGGACAGGCCAGAUGCCCCGGAGAUCAAGGUUGGAGUGGAUGAGGAAGGCUUCAUCUACUUGGCUUUCGAAGCCCCCGGGGCCCCCGACUCCUCAGAGUUCCAGUGGUCCAAGGACUACAAGGGCCCGCCGGACCCCCAGAGGGUCCAGAUCGAGGAGGAAGCUAACAAGUCCAAGGUCAUCCUGAGAGACCCUGGCCUUGAGGACUUGGGCACCUACUCGGUGGUGGUCACCGAUGCCGAUGAAGACCUCUCAGCGAGCCACACACUGACUGAGGCAGAGCUGGACAAGCUGAAGAAGUUGAGCCAUGAGAUCAGAAACCCAGUGAUCAAGCUGAUCUCGGGCUGGAACAUUGACAUCCUCGAGCGAGGAGAGGUGCGGCUUUGGCUGGAAGUGGAAAAGUUAUCUCCGGCCGCUGAGCUGCAUCUAAUCUUCAACGGCAAAGGUGAUUCUCGGGUUUCUUCUCCCCAGGACCGCAAAAUCAAUUUUGAGCGAGAGAAGGGCCUGGUGGAAGUGAUCAUCCAGAACUUGUGUGAGGAGGACAAAGGGUCGUACACAGCUCAGCUCCAAGACGGAAAAGCCAAAAACCAGAUCACCCUGGCCCUGGUGGACGACGAUUUUGACAAACUUCUGAGGAAGGCAGAUGCUAAGAGAAGAGACUGGAAGAGAAAACAGGGUCCCUAUUUCGAGGAGUUCUUACAGUGGAAGGUCACGGAGGACUGCCAAGUGCUGCUGACGUGCAAGGUGACCAACACCAAGAAUGAAACCCGCUUCCAGUGGUUCUUCCAGAAUAAAGAGACGCCGGACGGUCAGUACGACCCGCAGACCGGAGCAGGGCUUCUCUGCAUCGAGGAGCUGUCCAAGGAGGACAUGGGAAUUUAUAGAGCGUCGGUUUCUGAUGACCGAGGGCAGGAUGAUACCAUACUGGACCUCACAGGGGAAGCCCUAGACGCCGUCUUCACGGAGCUGGGCAGGAUUGGUGUGCUCUCUGCCACCCCACUGGAAGUCCAGGGGACGGAGGAGGGGAUCCGGAUCCUCAGCAAGGUCAAAUACUACAACGUGGAGUACAUGAAAACCACCUGGUCCCACAAAGAGAAGCGCCUGGAGAGUGGGGACCGGGCGAGGGCUGGCACCAUGCUGGAUGAGAUCUGGCUCCACAUCCUGGAUCCCAAAGACUCAGACAAGGGCAGGUACACCCUGGAGAUAGCAGCCGGGAAGGAAGUCCGGCAGCUCUCAACCGACCUCUCGGGGCAAGCUUUUGACGACGCCAUGGCUGAGCACCAGAGACUGAAAGCCUUGGCCAUCAUCGAGAAGAGUAAGUCCACCAACAUUUCCGUUAGACGGCGAAUGCCCGGGGUUACUACAAGGAGCUGACCAAGCGUUCCCUUCCUGUCUUUCCAGACCCUGUGCCUGACCUGCGUCAUCUCAGGAGACCCCGCCCCUGAAAUUUCUUGGCUGAAAAAUGACCAGCCUGUCACCUUCCUUGACCGCUACCACAUGGAGGUUAGGGGGACAGAGGUCACCAUCACCAUCGAGAGGGUCAACAGUGAGGACAGCGGGCGCUACGGCGUCUUUGUCAAGAACAAGUAUGGCUCCGAGACAGGCCAGGUCACCAUCAGCGUGUUCAAGCACGGGGAGGAGCUCAAGGUGCUGGAGAAGAAGUGAUCAGACACAGCCAGGAGAGGAGGGUGGGGUGGGUGGAUACACCGCAGUGGAGCAACAAAGACCAGGGUGGGGUCCCCUCCAGGAGAGUAGGAUCAUCCCUGGACUUGGAAUAAGAUACCUCUGAGCAAGACCCCAUUUCAGCUCUACAGUCUCCAUCAGCCUUGCCUUUCUCAUCAAUCAAACAGGAAUUCCUACUCCUAGGGAUUGUUUAUGAAAACCCUUUUAUAAACCGUACUAGAGGCCCAGUGCACAAAUUCGUGCACAUUGAAAGGAAAUUAAUUAGAAGAAAUAUUUUAGAGGCCGGAGAGGGACUGCGGGAGAUUGGCUCCUGGGCAUGUCUGGCCCAU